UUACCAUCAGAGGCCAUGUCCGACUCCGAGAACCCGGAGAAAGAGGCCGAGGUUGAGAAGAAGAUCAUAGCAAAGAAAAUUACAGGAACUGUAAAAUGGUUUAACGUGAAAAGCGGAUAUGGCUUCAUAAAUAGGGAUGACACAAAGGAAGAUGUUUUUGUCCAUCAGACUGCGAUCAUCAAGAACAAUCCCAAAAAGUACUUGAGGAGUGUUGGUGACGGAGAAGCCGUGGAAUUUGACGUUGUAGAAGGCGAGAAGGGAAACGAAGCUGCCAACGUAACCGGACCAGAUGGCGGGCACGUACAAGGCAGUAAAUACGCUGCUGAUCGCAGGCGUUUCCGUCGUUACUACCCACGAAGACGUGGAGGCGGACCAGGCCAUCCAAGACAAGACGGUGAUGAACUAGAUGAUGGAGAAGGAGAUGAUCAAGACCGGAGGCCGCCCUCCCGCCGUCCCUACUACAGAGGGGGAGGAGGAGGAGGUGGUGGUGGUGGAAGAGGUUUCUACAGGGGCUUCUACCAAGGUGGUGGACCCCGCAGACCCCCUCGUUACCAGAACGCUAUUAUGGAUGGUCCAGGACGCCAGCCUCAGUUCCGAAGGCCAUACUGGAGGAGGGGAUACCGAAGAUACUAUGCCCAGAAUGAGGGGUAUGAAGGCCCUCCACAGUAUGGUUACCGUGGUGGAAGGGGUCGAGGCCGAGGUCGGGGCAGAGGUCGUGGACGUGGUGGUAGAGGAUACUACAGAAGAAGGGAUGAGGGCGAGUACGGCAGAGAAAACGACGGCGGUGAAUCUCCUGAACCGACACAGGAAUCGAACGAAGAGAAAACCGAGCAACAGGAUUAGGCUUUAAUGCGUGUCAACACCUGGUUUGUUGAACAACAGCCAACUUUUGUGUAUUACCAACCAGUUAUUAAUGCAUUUAUGUAGUCCUUUUUUUCUUGAUAAGAGCUUUAGAUUGUACCAGCACAUGCUAUUGAUGAAAGUUGUGGUCCUUAAAUACCAGUUGAAGUGAAGACUUUUUUCUGACAGAUGACAGACUAUAGACUGAAAAACCUCGGUUCUGAAAUUGUUUGGAUGAAAGCAUACCAUUCUAGAGAUCUAUGCAAACCUGGUUAGUUACAAAUUUUGAAAAUCCAGUCAUCUUUAGUGCUAUUAAGUCUGAACAAAUUUUAAUCACAUUUUGUACGUUGAAGUUGUUUAGACUGAGAAUGUUCAGUCUCUCAAAGAGUGGACUGAAAGUGUUUCUCAUGUUUAAGAAACAAGACUUAUUUACACAUCUUGAUUACAACUUUUUUGCUGUCUUUUUUUUUUUUUUUUUUUUUGAUUGUAUAUUUUGUAUUUUGAACUAGCAUGAAAUGACAUUUUGACAUCAGUAUCUGCAUGAAAUAAACAGCAAGUGCAUCCA